GCGGCUGGGCCCAAGAUGGAUCUCUCGGCACUGCUAGCCGUCCCGACCCCGCGCUCAGCCCAACAUGGCGGCGGCGGCAGCCCCAGCCGACUCUGCCGAGGUCCAGGGCCACCACCCAGCCUGGGCCCCGCGCGCCGCCGCCUGCUGCUGCUGCGGGGUCCCAAAGAUGGCGGGUCGGGCCCGGGGCGAGGGGAGGCCCGGGAAGUGGCGGCAGGCCCCGGGCCGAGCCCGCCGCCCCUCGAGGAUGGCGGCGACUCCUUCGUGGUGCUGCUGGAAGCGCCGAGCGAUGCCGCGGGCGAGGCCUCCGGGCGGCAGGAGGCCGAGUCCGGCGUCGACGUGAGUCCUGUUGGCCGGCCCCAGCAGGGCUCCAGCGGCGCUGGCUCCGCCCCUGAUAGUGGCGCGGCCCUCGCGAACACCGUCACCAUCAGCAGCCAGGACUUGCUGGUGCGCUUCGACCACGGUCUCUUCACCCUGACCACCGCGCAGCCGCCGCCACCCGGCCUGUCGCCCCGGGGCCCGCCCGUGCAGCCAGCCGAGGAGGCCGCGAGUCCAGCCGAGGGCCGCCGCGGGCCCCUGGGCCCCGGCACGCUUGGCUAUCGCUGCCCCGAACCUCAGUGCGCGCUCUCCUUCUCUAAGAAGCAUCAGCUCAAGGUGCACCUGCUGACGCACGGCAGCAGCCAGGGUCGUCGGCCCUUCAAGUGUCCCCUGGACGGCUGCGGCUGGGCCUUCACCACCUCCUAUAAGCUUAAGCGGCACCUGCAGUCGCACGACAAGCUGCGGCCUUUCGGCUGCCCGGUGGGUGGCUGCGGCAAGAAGUUUACCACGGUGUACAACCUCAAGGCGCAUAUGAAGGGCCACGAGCAGGAGAACUUAUUCAAGUGCGAGGUGUGCGCGGAGCGCUUCCCUACGCAAGCCAAGCUCAGCUCCCACCAGCGCAGCCACUUCGAACCCGAGCGGCCCUACAAGUGUGACUUUCCCGGCUGCGAGAAGACCUUCAUCACGGUGAGUGCUCUGUUUUCCCAUAACCGUGCCCACUUCAGAGAACAGGAGCUCUUUUCCUGCUCCUUUCCUGGUUGCAGCAAACAGUAUGACAAAGCUUGUCGCCUGAAAAUCCAUCUGAGGAGUCAUACAGGUGAAAGACCUUUUAUUUGUGACUCUGACAGUUGUGGCUGGACCUUUACCAGCAUGUCUAAACUCCUGAGACACAAAAGGAAACAUGAUGACGAUCGGAGGUUUACCUGCCCUGUUGAAGGCUGUGGGAAGUCAUUCACGAGAGCAGAGCAUCUGAAAGGCCACAGCAUCACCCACCUGGGCACAAAGCCAUUCGAGUGUCCUGUGGAAGGGUGCUGUGCUAGGUUUUCUGCUCGUAGCAGUCUCUACAUUCACUCCAAGAAACACCUGCAGGACGUGGUUGCUCCAAAAAGCCGUUGCCCGGUCUCCAGCUGUAAUAGACUCUUCACCUCCAAGCACAGCAUGAAGGCACAUGUGGUCAGGCAGCACAGCCGGCACCCAGAUCUCUUCCCUCAGGUAGGAGCUCCGAGUUCUCUUCCACUCAGCAGUGAACUAGGCAAUCCAGGCCAAAGUGAGCUCAACAACAUAGACCUGGCAGCGCUUUUCUCUGAUGCACCUACUGAUGGCAGUAGUGCAGCGGGAGCCUCGGAUGAGGCGCUCACCUCUGGAAUCCUGACUAUUGAUGUAACUUCUGUGAGCUCCUCUCUCGGAGGGAACCUCCCUAAUAAUAGUUCCUUAGGGCCAAUGGACCCACUGGUCUUGGUGGCCCACAGUGACAUUCCUCCAAGUCUGGACAGCCCUCUUGUUCUUGGGACAGCAGCCACAGUUCUUCAGCAAAGCGACUUCAAUAUGGAUGAUGUGCAGGCUGUAAGUGCAGGAGCAUUAGACUGUCUGGUAGCUCUGCCUGUGAAGAACCUGAGUCAGGACCCACAGACUUUGACCUCCAGCAGCAAUUUACCAGCGAACACCACCACACUGACCUCUUCAAGCACCCCACUGGGAAACACCAGUGUCCCAGAACUGCUGGCUUCAAUCAAAGUAGAAACAGACUCACCUCCUGGCCUCAAUGCUGUCAGGCAGCAAGAACAAAACAGAGAGGUGCCCCGGCCUGUGUUUUCCAGCCUUCCAGAACAGCACAGUCCUCAAAAAGACACGGGCCUCAGUGUAGGGACUGGCAACUUCUAUUUGCUGUGUGACGUUGGGCAGCCUCGAUUCUCUGAGCACAGAUGGUGUGUGGUGAAUGGGUUACAGGAAAGUGGGGGCUCAGCAAGAACUGAUUCCCAAGCCAUUCAUCUAGCCAAGAAAAAAAAGAAAGGAACUGGGAACAAUGCAGGAGCCUCAGGGUCUACUCAGAGAAAAAUGAAAGGUGGCAAAGUCAGUCCUACUCACUUGUAUGCAAGCCAGAGCAGUUGGUUGUGUGGGAACCUUGUGGUGCCUGGUGGAGCUCUGCCAAGACCAGCUCCAGAAGCUGGGGUACAGUGUGUUCAGGUCCAAUUACUGCAGGACAACCCCUCAGGUGAAGGAGUCUUGCCGUGUGUGCUCAGCCCGCAGCCUUCCAUCUCCCACCCCCUGUUUGCCAUUGGUUUGCCUGUCUUUGUCCUCCAGGAGGUGCUUCCUGCAGCUGGAGGGGCUGCUGGGCCUGAGGACACGCACUGCACAGGCAGCACUAUCAACCCAAAGGACCUACAGUGAAAGCAGCCCUCUACCUAGGGGACCCAAGGGCGGCGCCUCCAAUCUGUCCCCAUGAGACUGUUAC